UGCAAAUAUUGUUUGAAAAUUUCCCGGGAAAUCCGAGUUUCGCGGGAGGGUUCCUUCGCGCGUAAACGGUAUCCCUUCAUUCAUUGUCAGCUUCCUGGAGCCAUUUUUGAGCUGGCAGGGCUGAGACUCGCGCUAGUUUCUAAUCCAUUGCAUCUGCCUAAAUGUGCUCUCAAUAUACUUUUAAACAUACAAAUAUCGGCAAAUAAGAUCAUAAUCUACUCUUUCAUAUCAAUAUUUUUGAAUUUGUCGCGGUGGAUUAUCUGAAAAGGGGCUUUAAAGUAAAGGGACAAAGGGUACCCGAGCCCACAAAGAUGAGAAGAGGGAUCUCAUCAGCCCCGGAUAAAGUAAUAAUAGCAGGGGUUGGAGGCUCUUUAGAUAAAAAUGCGGUAUUGACAGCAUUGUCCGACCGGUUAACCCCUCAUUUUACAACUGCCACUUAUAUCCAAAUUAUAACUCCACCGCCUUGCAUUACACAGACUUCAAAUGUCUGUUUGUCCGAACCUCCAGCUGGCAGUAUAUAUACCACUCCAAACGGAGCAACAAACGGAACCGGACAACGACCUACAUUAGGACGUCCACCGGCCAAGCGGAGGUUGGCGUUGGAUGAGUCGGACCACCAGUACCCCAUCGAAGGAGCCAGGACCCCCAGGGGAAAGUCUGGAGGAGCCUCCGGGCCUGGGCUCAAGAGCCCCAAAACUCCGAGGUCACCGGUAGAGAAGACACGCUACGACACGUCGUUGGGGCUGCUGACGAAGAAGUUUGUUGAGCUGCUGGGCCAGUCGUCUGACGGCGUCAUCGACCUCAAUCAGGCCGCGGAGGUUCUCAAGGUGCAGAAGAGGCGCCUCUAUGACAUCACCAACGUACUUGAGGGGGUGCAUCUGAUCAAGAAGAAGUCUAAGAAUAACAUACAGUGGAUGGGCUGUAACCUGUCUGAGGAUGGGUCUAUGUUGACCAGCAGCCAGAGUCUGAGCAGUGAGCUGUGUGACCUGGGUCAGGAGGAGAGGAGACUGGACGAGCUGAUCCAGAGCUGUACCCUGGACGUCCAACAGAUGACAGAGGCCUCGCACAGCCACAAGUUUGCGUAUGUGACAUACCAAGACAUCCGUCAGCUACGUCACCUGAAGGACCAGACAGUCAUCGUGGUGAAAGCUCCCUCUGAGACCAAGUUGGAGGUGCCAGACCCACAGGAGGGCCUGUCGGUCCUCCUCACCAGCACCAAGGGGCCUAUUGAGGUGUUCCUCUGUCCUGAGGAGAACAUCAGUAGUCCUGUGAAGAACGGUGGCCCGGAUGUCCAAGGAAACUCCUCACCUUUCCUCAAAGUGUCAGCAGAGAGCUCAACAGGCGGCAGCAGUAACGUCUACGUCCCUCCAGAUCCCUCUGCGGUGAUGGUGACCAACCUGUCCCCUAUCACCUCCCCUUUCACCAGCCUCCUGCUGCAAACCGAGGACCAGAUCCCCUCCUCCCUGUCUGGGCUCCUGGAGGGCCACGGGGCCGGGCCCUUCGUCAACCUGUCCCCCCCUCUCCUCAACGAGGACUACAUGCUGAGCUUAGAGGACGACGAGGGAAUCAGCGAUCUGUUCAACACCUGUGACUUUGACAAACUUCCUCUAGAAGAACUCAUGUGUCCCUCGAUGUAAGAGGGAGGGGUGUGUGUCCCCCCCCAUUACUGAAUAGAGGGAGGGGUGGAAGACGGGAUGUGUGUCCCCCCCCCCCCCCCAUUACUGAGUAGAGGGAGACAUAGGGGACACUUGUCUCUUCUGUGUUCACGUGUACCAGGAGAGAUGGGGAAAUGUCUGCUGUGUUCAUAUGUAACUGUCAUGGCGGAGCAGAGAGGGAUCCGUCUGUAGAGAGAGACUGCACCAUGGGGGGGAGCUCCUUGGCACCCCUUUCCCUCUGUUUAAAGAGGAUUAGGUACACAGGGCAUGCUGGGUAAAAGAUCUCUCUCUCUCUCUGUGCCUGCCUGUUUGUCGAGGCGGUACACUGGGCCAGGUGGGUGAAAGACCCCCCCCCCCCCCAACCCACCGUCUCUCUCUCCUUGUACCUGCCUGUUUGUCGAGGCACUGUAGACUGCCUUAAAACUGGGUCGUGUUCAGUAGGAGCAAAACGUAUAAACUCAUUGAAACUGAAACAGGGGAUGUUUUCAAUUUCAGUUACGAAAAGGUUUUGCCUUUAGGCUUGUGGCCUAAUGAAAACGACCCGGACCAACUCUUCUCUCACUUCUCAGACCUUCUUGAUGACUGAGAGCUGCCUUUUAUCCAAACUGGCGCUGGUGGAAACCACUCUGUAACGGUCUGUGUGUUUUUAGACAGCUGCUCGUGUGUUCCUUCUGGAUGUUUCUCUGCCAUGUCAGGUGACCAGUUUGACCCUAUGGCUGAUCUACGUUUGUGCUGUUGAGUUCUAUGCUUUUCUCUUUGUUUGUAGAAUAUGGCAAUGAUAGUGAUUUUUGGCACAAAAACCAUUGAGUUUGUCUUUGAAACUUUUAGGAACCAGGGCCUCUACUCUGAUACUUUAGAGCAACACUCAUUUUGGAGAUACUGUAUCAUAAAGUACAAGUUGACCCCUUAGUUUCGAUUGGGGACUUGUCGAGAUAUUAUCUCCUACUUAUAACUGACAUAUUAACUGUCUAAUGACUGACGAGGGAUAAUUAGCUUUUUUUUUUGUGUUUCUGUGGGCAAAUAAUUGGUUUACAAGCGUCACCCAAAUUUAAAUUCAACAAGUUGUGGUUUAAUCAGAAACCCAAGUUGGUUUGCCCCGGUCUGUAUCGAUUUGAAUGGAUAUUUCUGAUUUGAAUGGAUAUUUCCAAGAACAACCAGAGUUAAAAAGCAACCGUUAUGUUAUUGCUCUGAAGGAAUUCCUCAAAUGAUCUUGGAAAGAGAGUCUUGGGCUCUGUGCUGAUGAGGCUUGGGCGCUAUACCUUCUACUGGGGAUUUAGAAAUAUCGAUAUCAUGAUUUUCAAUAGAUUUCUUUUGGGAGGGGGGGAGGGGGGGGGGGGGGUUGUGUGCUGUAUAUCUAAAGGUUAAGUAUAAGGGAAUCUAAGAUGUGUGAAAUGAUAUCCAGCUCAGGGCUCCAGCGUUUGGUUUGCUAACGUGCUAGCUAAGUAGCGAGAUGUCUUGUUUACAGCAGAGAUAUUCAACCCCCUCUUGGAUUUAAGAUCCCUGUUGCCUAAGUUGUUUUGUGCCUCAAAACAUAGCGCCCCUUUGGGUGUACAAUCAGUAAUACCGUAUACCCUUUACAGAUGUACCCUUUAGUCAGCGAGCAAUGCUGUUGUAGAUGGACCUUACGCUUGCUUACGGUGCUCAUCUGAAUAUUUUAACACAGCCAUCACCCCCCCCCCCCCCCAUUUUAAAAUCACAAGCUCAUGAAUGGAAACAUUUUCUUUUUCCAAAAACAAGCGGGUGUGGGACUUCUCCCUCUACUUAAAGGGAAAUGUGUUUUUUUUUUACGGACAUCAGCAUUUCUUUUUGUGUGGAGAGUAAAAGGAAUGAACUUUUCACCAAGCAGAACAAGUGUGGCUACUUGGUUGAUUUGGAUGCCGAAAGAACUCUUAAACGUGUUCGGUUGUGUAUUAGGGUUUGUUGAUGUCACAGUGAAGUAGAGACACGAGAGUCUUAAGUUAGCCCUAGAUGAUAAUUGAAUGAUAUGCUUGUUGCCUUGCUGACUGGAUGUCGGUAUAAGCUGGGGGUUGAUGCCCUGAAGUCUAGAAACCAUCUUCUUUAAAUGAAGGUAUGAUUCUGAUCACUCACUAGGUACUGUAGACUACCUCUGGCUCUAGAGGUUGUUUUAUUACUAUAGUAAUUAAUGCUUGUUUAUUUUGGGGUGUUUUAUGUUAGUCAGAUCUGAUUUCUAGAGCUGUAGUCAUGGUGACAGACUGUUUGGCUUACCUCUUACCUGAUAGGUGGCCAUUUCAGCAGAGGUUCUGAUUUCUAGAGCUGUAGUCAUGGUGACAGACUGUUUGGCUUACCUCUUACCUGAUAGGUGCCAUUUCAGCAGAUGUUCUGAUUUCUAGAGCUGUAGUCAUGGUGACAGGCUGUUUGGCUUACCUCUUACCUGAUAGGUGGCCAUUUCAGCAGAUGUUCUGAUUCCUAGAGCUGUAGUCAUGGUGACAGACUGUUUGGCUUACCUCUUACCUGAUAGGUGCCAUUUCAGCAGAGGUUCUGAUUUCUAGAGCUGUAGUCAUGGUGACCGACUGUUUGGCUUACCUCUUACCUGAUAGGUGCCAUUUCAGCAGAGGUUCUGAUUUCUAGAGCUGUAGUCAUGGUGACAGACUGUUUGGCUUACCUCUUACCUGAUAGGUGCCAUUUCAGCAGAGGUUCUGAUUUCUAGAGCUGUAGUCAUGGUGACAGACUGUUUGGCUUACCUCUUACCUGAUAGGUGCCAUUUCAGCAGAGGUUCUGAUUUCUAGAGCUGUAGUCAUGGUGACAGACUGUUUGGCUUACCUCUUACCUGAUAGGUGCCAUUUCAGCAGAGGUUCUGAUUUCUAGAGCUGUAGUCAUGGUGACAGACUGUUUGGCUUACCUCUUACCUGAUAGGUGCCAUUUCAGCAGAGGUUCUGAUUUCUAGAGCUGUAGUCAUGGUGACAGACUGUUUGGCUUACCUCUUACCUGAUAGGUGGCCAUUUCAGCAGAUGUUCUGAUUCCUAGAGCUGUAGUCAUGGUGACAGGCUGUUUGGCUUACCUCUUACCUGUAUCUGAGUUCAGAGGUCUAGAAUGGUUUGGUGGUGACUUGAUGGUCCGGCACGUGGAUGUGUUGUGUUGAUGGAAUGAUGCAUAUAUGAAUUAAUAUUCUGAUAUAAUGGCUUGGUUUCCAUUCGUGUGUUUGUGUUUUAGCCAGUUAAUUUGUGUGUGUGUGUGUUGUGUGUAAAUGGUUUUUGCGUAGUGAGUGCGUUCCUUGGUGAUGGUAAUGAAACAGAACUCUUCAAAUGAUGAGUUCAUGUAACCAGGGUUGGGAUUCACUUCCAUUGGUGUUUCUCAUUGAGGAGAACGGAGGAAUUUACUGAACUGAAUAUUAAGGUAGUAUGGUUGCCAUCGUUGAAUCAUCCCAUUUUUCCAUACCUUUUGGGAUUACAAUUUUGUCAGUGUUCACGUCUCUAAUAUGCUUUUUUUUGUUAUAACGGUACUGGAAAAUGUAGAAAAAAAUCCCCCGCAAAGUGCACAGAACAUUUUGUCAAUAUUUUCCUCUCUUGAUCUUUGAUUUCAUAUUUAUAUCAAUGUGAAUAUGUAUUUAUAAACUCAACUUGAAUUUUUUUUCUUAUACUAAUUAGAUUUUCAUUCUAUAUAAGAAUUUAUAUAAAAAGGAAUUCCCUACAAUUUUAUAGCCUGGUUGAACCAGAUUGAAAGCUGCAAUCUGGUUAACCAGGCUAACUAUUUUUAUCUCAUGUUGACCUGGAAUCUGGUCGCAAAUUCCUCUGUGAUGUUCAACCAUUUGAAGUGAUUAGGGAAGCCUGUCUUUCCCAAUGUGUCUGAAUGAUGCUUAUUAUAACACAAAUAGGAUAUGUCCCAAAUGGCUCCGUAUUUCUUAUGUAAGUGGCACUUUAGACCAGAGCCCUAUGAGCCCUAGUACACUAGAUAGGGAAUAGCAUGUCAUUUGAGACGUAACCAUGGCGAUUACACACUGCUUAUUCAACGUUUUUUUUUUUCUCAUUUAUUUUAUUUUAUAUGAAUGCAUGAAAUAGUCUGUUAUAUGUGAAUAUUUUUGAAAAUACAGAUUUAAUUUUCAGUUUUAUUGUAACAUGGCUUUUUAAAACAUGUAUGUUCGAUUAGAAAGCUUUGGUAUAAAUUGUAUAUAUAUAUAAAUAUAUAUAUAUAUAAUGCAUCUGAACAGGACCAUCUGUUGGGUUGGUGCCAUUGAGGAUGUGUUUUAUAUUCUGGAUGUUUUGAAAUUCACCAAAACUUGAAUAAAAGCAAUGUAAAUAUGGCAAUUG